AUGUGCCGUUCCAAGCCUCGAUGCCUCGGGGAGGUUCAAUUGCCCGACGGGCACGCUGUGCUCCAUGGCCAUCAGCUGACGGAGACUUCCCUGACUGGCGAUCGCGAAGCCGAGCACGCCGUCGAGCAGGGUGUCGUUGCAUCCUCGCCGAAAUCCGGGGAUUAUCGACCCUCGAACGGGAAUAAGAGUCGGUGCCGGGAGACCUCCACUUAUGUGGGCUCGCAGCCGCCGUUGGGCAUGGAGGUCCGGGGCCGCGUCCGGUCCGAUGCCGAGUGCGGUGGCAGUGCCCUCGGUCCCGUGAUGUCGCGUCUAAAUCAGUUUUCGGCGGCUUCUCGGGGAUGGCCUGCUCAACUGCUCGGUGAGGCCGCGAACCAGAUGCCAUCCAAGCCUUUCUGUCUUCGCAUGGGCGAGCUGAAGGAGACAGGAGUCAUCGGUACGGGCUUCUCCUCUGCUCACUCCGCACACGCGCAGCUUCCAGACCUCGCAUUGCGUCGGAAGACUGCGCUCGAGAAGUUCGUGUCGAAAGAAGCUAGAAGCUGCCCUUCCCGUCCCCGUGAUGAUCUGUACCUCACCGUAGAAGCAUCCAUCGUUCGGCGACUUGGAUCUGCUCUAGCGUGA